AGCCGCUCCGGGCCGGGGGGGGGGCGGGCCCCAGGGGCCGACGGGCGCGCCCCGCCCCGCUGCUCGUUUGCGCGGCCGGAUGCACACGCCGCCCCCCGAGCUGUCCCUGGGCCUGGGCUUCCACCUGCUGCUCGACCGCCUGGCGGCCGAGCACGACCGGGAGGUGGAGGGCCUCAGGGCGGAGAACGCGCGCCUGGCGGCCGCCUGCGAGCGCGGCGGCAGGGCCUCGUCCAAGGCGCUCUCCACGUCGGCGGCCGCCCUGUCGCCAGCCAGCUGGGCCGCCCCCCCGAGCCUGGCCGGGGACGACGGCCUGAAAUUGCAGGAGGGCCUGCUGCGCGCCGAGGAGGAGAUCCGGCGGCUGCGCAGCGCCCUGGCCGAGGCCCUCGGGGUGCCGCCCGACGACGCCGCAGUCGCCGAGGCGGCGCGCGGGCCGCUGCUGCCGGGGCAGCUGGAGGAGCCCCCCCCGCUGCUGCCCAGCCAGCCGGCGGUGGGUGCCCUGGGCACUCGGCCGCAGGCCGACGGUGACAGGAGCCCCCGUGAGGCGAGCGUCCCCCAGCAGGCGGUGGCUGUGCUGAGUGUCCCAGACGUCCCGCUGGGCCAGAGCCUCAGGGCCAGCGGCAUCUCGUGCAUGGGCGCCGCGGGGCUCAUGGUGGACGCGAACAUCCGGAAGCUCCACGGCGAGGAGAAGAUCAAACACCUGGGGCGCUUCGUGGAGCUGCUUCAGAUGGACCCCGCCGAGGAGAACCACACAUUCCAGAUCGAGCAGCUCCAGACAGUCCUGGUGGAGAGGAGGUACGGCAUCACGGUCGAGCGCCUCCAGUCCGUCGUGGCCGAGAUGAUGCGGGUGGGUGCUGGGCGUGACCGUGCGCGGUCUAUCCUGGCCAGGGGCAAAUCGAGAUCCAGGUCUGGCCUAUUCUGGCAGGCGACCCGCGACUCAGUCCUCAAGCCAGACUCGUCGAGCCCCGAGAGGGGUGAGCCGUCGGCCUGCACAAAAGGGGUAGACCUCCUGACGUUCGUGGAAGUCGUCGUCGAUCCUGACUUACCCACCCGCGUCGGGGCGUCCUUCCGUCAUGACGUCACGCGGAUCAGACAGUUGCUCUUGCAGUCGGACAUCGACGAGAUCAUCAGGAAGGUGACCCGCGUGAGGAAGAACAGGGCGUCCGAUUAUGCUUCCGAACCCGAGGACGGGGGCAUGGACACGGACCUCAUCCUUUUCCGCCUGAACGUGCUGGUGAGCGUGACGGUCUUGCUGUCCGUCCUGUUCCUCGGGGUGAGCAUGGACUACGAGCCCAGCUCUGGCUG